CUCUUUGUAGGGAGAUCAUGUCAAUGGAUGGCUUGUUAAGAAGACACUGGUGCCUCUCCAUCAUCUAUAAGAAGUCCUGGAGGAAUUUGCAUAAAUUUCAUUAGUUAGUUCUUUAAGCAAAUAGAGAUGGGAAAUCUAAAGUUUAUACUUGUGGCUGUAAUAAUGUUGGUGUUGUUAGAUGGGUCUUGGAGUCAUGGGUGUUGGGACCUGGAGAGGGCUUCACUCUUACAACUCAAACCUUUUUUCACUCGCCUUAACUGGCCAAUGAAGGGUGAGGAGAGUUCAAACUGUUGUCAAUGGGACAUGGUCGAGUGCAAUACUUCUACAGGGCGAGUAAUCCAACUAUCCCUUUAUAAUGGUUGGGGAAUGUCUGAUUGGUAUCUAAAUGCAUCUUAUUUUCUUCCCUUUGAAGAACUGAGAAGUCUUAACCUAAGUCACAAUUGGAUACUUGGUUGUAUUGAGAAUGAAGGAUUUGAAGUAUUAUCAUCGAGGUUGAGCAAUCUAGAGGUUCUCGACUUAAGUUACAACAACUUUGAUUCCAGCAUUAUAUCAUCUCUGAGUGAGAUUUCUUCUCUCAAGUCACUUUAUCUAUACAGAAAUAAGAUGAGAUCACCAACACAUAAAAAUGAUUUUGGAAGAUUAUUGAGGUUGAGGAAUUUGGAGCUUCUUGAUUUGAGUUUUAAUUUUGUUGGCAACAAAAUCCUCUCAUCUCUACGUGGUCUUUCUUCCUUGAGAGUUUUAAAUCUCAUGGGUACUGGAUUGAAUGGAACAAUUCAUGCACAUGAAUUUAAUCAUCUGAUCAACUUGGAGAAGUUGGAUAUGAGUUGGAAUAGUAUUGAAAGCUUUGGUUCCUUUCAAGGUGUUGAUAGACUACUGACAUGGAGUAAUCUGGAGGUCCUUAAUUUGGAGGGUAACCUCUUCAAUAACAGUGUUCUUUCUUCCCUUCGUGGACUUCUCCAACUCAAGUCUCUCAAUUUAGCCUACAACAAAAUGGCGGGGGCUUUCCAUGUUAGAGAGUUGGAAUCGUUAAAGAAGUUAGAGGAGCUAGACAUCAGCUACAAUGCGAUUGAAAAAUUUGUGGGCCCUGAAGAUUCGACAACUCUGGACAAGCUUAAGAUCCUCCGAUUAGGCAACUUCCUAAACUAUGGAAAAAGCUUUGUAGUGCUGCAAUCAUUAGGGGGGUUCUCAUCCCUGAAGACACUGGAUCUUGAAUAUAGUAAUCUCAGUGAGACAACAAUCCAUCAAGGGUUAGGCAAUUUGAGCACACUGGAAGAGUUGUUCCUGUAUUAUUCUACUCUCCAUCAAGACUUCCUCUCAAGCAUUGGAAGAUUGGGUUCUCUGAAAACUCUAGGUGUCACAGGGUGUGCUGGUCUUGAGAAUACCAUACUAGGACAAGGUUUGUGCCAAUUGAAGAACUUGCAGGAGCUUUAUCUGAAUUAUAAUUCACUUGAGGGGACGCUUCCACAAUGUUUGGCUAACCUAUCAUCUCUUAGGUAUUUGGAUAUAUCCGGUAAUCAAAUUGCCGGCAACCUUGUCUCCACUCCCAUAUCCAAUCUCUUGUCCAUCGAGUUUCUCUCACUUGGAUAUAAAAACUUUCAAGUCCCAAUAUCAUUCCAUUCAUUUGCAAACCUUUCAAAUCUUAAGCGUUUGUACUGUAGGGAAUGUGACUUAAUUGUAGACACUGUCCGUCAAACUUGGACUCCAAAAUUCCAGCUUCAAGAGUUAGAUUUGUCAAGUUAUACACCAAAGAAAUAUAAGCUGGUAAACCUUCCAAACUUCCUCUACUACCAGUACGACUUGAGAUCCAUUCAUCUCUCUGGUAACAACUUUGGUGGAGUUUUCCCGUUGUGGUUAUUUGAAAAUAACACAAGAUUGGAGACGAUUUCGAUGAGUGAUAACUCCAUUGUGGGCUUCUUCCCAUGUCCAUCUCAUCCCAAUCCAAAUCUUUCUUUGAUGGAUAUAUCCCGCAAUCAGCUACAAGGUCAAAUUCCGACAAACGUAAGUUCAAUUUUUCCAAAUCUAAAGGGCUUAGUUUUGUCUGAAAAUUCUUUUCAAGGCAAUAUCCUGCCUAGUUUGCGUGAUAUAAAGUCUUUAGAAUAUCUGGAUAUUUCAAAGAAUAAUUUUUCGGGUGCUAUACCGGAGCAGUUUGUCAGCCCGUGGUCCUCAUUAGCAUCUGUGAAACUAUCAAACAACAAAUUUUGUGGUCAUGUAAAUCGAACAAGUUUCAACUCAAGUUUACUUGAGUAUCUUUGGUUGGAUAACAAUAAGCUUGAAGGGAAGAUACCUGAUUUCUCAUCCGUGAACUCUCUAGUUUUGUUGGAUAUAAGUCGUAACUCCUUCUCUGCUGGUUGGAUUCCAAGAUGGAUAUCAAAGUUAUCAAAUUUAGAGGCAAUGGUUCUAUCUGAUAAUCAAUUGGAGGGUCCUAUUCCUCGGGAGUUAUGCAAUAUGAAUUAUCUUUAUUUUUUGGAUCUCUCAAGGAACAAUCUUUCUGGAAAUAUUCCACCUUGUUUCAUCAAUUUAACAGAUAUAAAGUUCGUUCAUUUGCAAAAAAAUAAGUUGUCAGGACCACUGCCAAAUGCUUUUAUGAGCUUUGCUGAGAUGGUGACUCUAGAUCUAAGAGAUAACAACUUCAAUGGCACCAUCCCAAGUUGGAUCGGGAACCUCUCAAACUUGGUUGCUCUUCUAUUGAAAGAAAAUCAUUUUCAUGGCCAAAUUCCUGUUGAUUUAUGCCAAUUAAGCAAAUUAAGCUUCUUGGAUCUUUCGUUGAAUAAUUUUUCAGGUGGCUUGCUUCCUUGUUUUGGUAAUUUGACUUUUGGAUACCAAAAUUACCUUGCAAAUUUGAGGAUUGGUGCACAUGAAGUGAUAGAGUUUGUGACAAAGAACAUUUUGCUUAGUUACUCAUCAUAUUUGAUCCUUCGUGAAAUGUCUGGGAUUGACCUCUCCAGCAACCAGUUCUGUAGUGAAAUCCCCCAUCAAUUUGGAAACUUAAGCAGAGUUAGAGCACUAAACCUAUCACACAACAAUCUGAUUGGGCCGAUCCCAGAGACAUUCUUCAACUUAAAAAGCAUAGAAAGUUUGGAUCUUUCUUACAACUACUUGAAUGGCCGAAUUCCCCCGCAGCUUAUCGAGUUGAACUCUCUUGAAGUGUUCACUGUGGCACACAAUAAUUUGUCAGGACCAGUUCCAGAUAGAAAAGCUCAAUUCGGGACCUUUGAUGAAAGCAGUUAUGAGGGAAAUCCUCGUCUUUGUGGACCUCCAUUGAAUAACAGCUGCAAUGAAAUCGAUUCUGAAUUGCCAAUUCCAAAUGAAUUUUCUGGUGAAGGUGAUGAUGAUAGUUUCAUGGACAUGUUUGUUUUCUACAUCAGUUUUGCGGUAUCUUACAUUAUGGUAUUGUUGGGAAUCGCAACAGUGCUAUGGAUAAAUCCAUAUUGGCGGCAAGUGUGGUUUUACCAUAUAGAGUUGUGGAUUACUCGUUGCUAUUACUUUUUAUUGGACAAAUUCAUAUAAGCAGUCCAGCUUCUGAAGUAUGCUUUUGUUCCCAGAUGUUAUGCAGUCCUACAACUCUGCUUGUUUUCAACUCAUUAUAAGUUGGUUUGAUAAACAAUUGAGGCAAUGUAUAUAUGCAAUGAAAUUGCCUUGUUUAUUUUCAAAUAAAUUUUGUCUCGAUAGGAGAGCAAAUUUCUCUUGAUUUUUUGAGAUGACAGGCUUGCUAGUGUAUGCACGGUUAAGAUUUGCCUUCUCCUGUUCUUUCUUCAAAUCCAUUUUGUAGCUUCCAUAAGUUCUC